CUGCGUGACAUGGGCUCCGUUUCGCGAUUCUCUCUGCUGCACUGCAGCACACUCAAGUAUCGUAUAUGAAAUUUUCAUCUACAAUGUAGUGUUCACCGCUGCUUAGUUAAGUACACCUACUUACUGGUGUGCUCCGAUUUCAUCUGUCUUGGGUUUUUUUUUUUUUUUUUUUUUCCUUUCGUUUUCGAGUCGCGAGGCUUUUAUCUUUUUGUUUUCGCAUCCAAAGGAUCAUGUUGGUGUUGUCCACGAGGAGAAAGGAGAACAUGACUGAUUGUAGUAUUAUGUAAUUCAGGAGGAUGGGAUCUUGUCAGCGAAACAGCGGAAAACGUACAGCGACACUUGCUGAAUCGCCAACUGUGUCAGGGUCACCACCGUCAGUCAGUCCGAUCUCGUCGUCAAUAGUCUUGCAGAGAGAAGGAGCGAUUAACCAGCCACUGAGCACGCCCGCCUCGCCGCUCUCCACCAUAUCCCCAAUCACCCAGACCUUCAACUUAUUGACUUUGGAGGACUGCACCCAGGAUCCCAAUUGGCAGGCCACGAAGCCAACAAUCAGGGAAAGAAAUGCUGCGAUGUUCAACAAUCCACUCAUGGCGGAUGUUCAGUUUAUCGUUGGGAGUCCAGGUCACACGCAGACCAUUCCAGCGCACAAGUACGUACUAGCCACUGGCAGUUCGGUUUUCUAUGCCAUGUUUUACGGAGGCUUGGCGGAAAAUAAAAAAGAAAUCGAGGUGCCCGACGUGGAGCCAGCCGCGUUUUUGGCUCUGUUGAGGUACAUGUAUUGCGACGACGUGAAGCUCGAGGCGGACACCGUGCUGGCUACCCUGUACGUCGCGAAGAAGUACAUCGUGCCGCAUUUAGCGCGCGCCUGCGUUACUUUUUUAGAAACGAGUCUGAACGCCAAGAACGCGUGUCUACUGCUGAGUCAGUCCCGGCUUUUCGAGGAGCCCGAUCUCAUGCAGCGCUGCUGGGAGGUGAUUGACGCCCAAGCAGAGAUGGCUUUGCGAUCGGAGGGCUUCGUCGAGAUAGACAUACACACGCUCGAAUCGGUACUGUCACGGGAAACGCUCAACUGCAAGGAGAUACACUUGUGGAACGCCGCCCUGAGAUGGGCGCACGCCGAGUGUCUCAGGCAAGAUCUCGAGCCGACACCGAACAACCAGCGACGAUUAUUGGGUAAGCAUAUAUUCGGCCGGAUGUCUGAACAGCAAAACUAUACCCAAAAAAUAACUGUAAAGAUUGUAUCGUCGAAUUUAAUUGCAGGUUCUGCUUUGAAUUUAAUUAGACUGCCUGCUAUGAACCUGGAAGAGUUCGCCAACAGCGUCGCGCAGACGGGUAUUCUCACGCAGCAGGAGACCAUCGAUAUUUUUCUCCACUUUAUCGCCAGCACGAAGCCCCAGCUCUGCUUCCCCAUAAAGCCACGGCAGGGCUUGAAAACCCAGGUGUGCCAUAGAUUUCAGUCCUGCGCGUACCGAUCAAACCAAUGGCGCUACAGGGGCCGCUGCGACUCGAUCCAGUUCAGCGUGGACAAGCGGAUCUUCGUCGUUGGGUUCGGGCUGUACGGAAGCUCGUCAGGCGCGUCCGAGUACAACGUGCGCAUCGAGCUCAAGCGGCUGGGCCGCGUACUAUCCGAGAACAACACCAAGUUCUUCUCCGAUGGCUCGAGCAACACGUUCCACGUAUACUUCGAGAACCCGAUCCAGAUCGAGCCAGAGAACUUCUACACGGCCAGCGCGAUACUGGACGGCGGCGAGCUCAGCUAUUUCGGCCAAGAGGGUAUGAGCGAGGCCACCGUGGGCAGCGUCACCUUUCAGUUCCAGUGCAGCUCUGAGAGCACCAAUGGCACCGGAGUGCAGGGUGGACAGAUACCCGAGCUUAUUUUUUACGGACCGCCGUCGGACGAAUGACGCAACUACACCACCGAAAUCAUGGUCUGAGAUCGUCGUGCUUAUCGACCCGACAACGUCGCGAUCGAUCAACAGCUGCAGACGCGUCAACGUUUAGAUUAUAUAUUUUUCCGCGUCGAAAGCGAGUGACUUUUCUAGCAUCGAUCCCAGCUGGAGGCACGUGUUUUGUCGUCUAUAGGGUGAUAUUUAUUUGUGCUAGUACACACAUAGCUAUAGUUGUAGAAAAGUUGUUCAACGAAACGCGUUUUUUCAGCUGGGGUUUGUGAUUAUUUUUCAGAAAGAGAAAGAGCACGCAAAAUUUCGAAACCACACUUAUGUGGCACAUAUGUUGUAGCGAGCGCAGCGAGCCCUUUUUUCCGAUGAAAUGGCAACGUUCAUUAAUAACGAUUGUUACACGCACUACAAUAUAAAUAUAGCUGUUGUUUGAAUUUUAAUACUUCAAAAGUUUUCACUAUGCAUGACCCCAUUACUAUCGAGUGCUAUGUAUUGUUUCGCUUUAUCUAUUGUAACUAUACAAGUUUUACAAGCGCAAUGUAGAAAGUGUUGUUUUUUUUUCGUCAAUGCGUACAUACGUACGUGGCAAUAUUGAUAUUUAUGUAGGGACUCCAAUCGUAUAAACUCAAAGAGAAAUGUCUUGCACGGAUUAUGUGGUCGUACCACAACAAAGAUUGUAAAUUAAUGCAAUAUGGUGAUUUUUAUAAAUAAAAAAAAGUGUUGUUGAACCGAGACAUGAGUAAUAUUGCGUGACAUGCAGUAGAGCAGCGGUAUAUCGAAAGCGCAGAUGAAACUUCAAAAUAAAUUGCGAGAGCACACUUAAUUCUACUACCUAAUUUAAAAGUUGUGAAAAUGUCUUUAUGAUGUAUUGUGACUAAGUGUUACUAAGUUAUUGCGGUAUUUUUAAUUUUUUUACGUUAGUAUUUUGUAUUAAAAUUAAAAAAAAAAAAAAUAGUGUCACUGGCUUUACAAUAAAAUAAAAAUGAUUUACCCCAUUUGAGGACUUUUAAAUUUCUUUCACCAGAUAACUUUUGUAUUAUUCUGUACUUAAGAAAUGUUGAAAAAAUUUCCAUUUGCAUUUUUACAAUUUGUUUUUUAUAUGUAGCCUAAGAUAAGUGUUACAAAGUUUGUUAGAUUAAGUUUUUAGUGAUAUGCAAGCUCGUUUGUUAUAGAAAAAAGUUGUCAUUGCAAAUUUAAGUGACCAUAACAUUAAAAAAGAAAAAUCUUUUGGUGCCAAAAACUUGUACGUUACGAUUGAAUGUACGACGAUUUUGGUUUACGUUGUAAUUCUUACUGGUUAUAUAUUUUAUACAUUUUUGUUAAAAUACUGAAAAAUCACGUCAUAAUCUGUUAAUAUUAGGCUCUCACAUUGUAGAUUUAUAAAUGAUAUAAUAUUGUAUAAGUAACUUAUUCUUUUAAAAACAACAUACAAUCCCUACUUUUUAGAAAAGUACCAAAUAUUUUCUACAAACGAUAAUUUCUUGUAAAAGUUGAAAAUUUUCUAGUUCGGGUAGAUAUCAAUUAGACAAUUUCAAAGGUAUGUACUAUUAUUAAAAAAGUGCUUUUAGAUAUAUAAAAAGUUAUCUGUAAGUGCUGAAAAAUGUAUGAGCAAUUAAACUACUUGCUGAUCAAUCAUAUUUUGUUCUUUAACCUUUACAUUGACUUGAUUUUUUCCUAAUGUUUUAUCAAAAA